AUGUCGUCGACAAUGGAUCAAAAAGUUAGCCUUGAACUUAUGGUUUCUACCAUGACUGACAAGCCAGACAUCGUGGAUAAGCCGGUGGAUAAAAUGACUACCAUCGAGAAUGAUGAUGAGAGGUUGUUGAAUCGAAUUGGUUAUACUCAAGACCUAAAACGACAUUUCUCAAAAUGGUCUACAUUAUCCUAUGCAGUCUCUGUUCUUGGUGUGUUGGGAUCUGUUCCGGCUACCUUUGGAAGCCCAUUGAGUCUUGGUGGACCAGCCGCUUCAGUUUGGGCAUGGUUCUUUGGAUCAAUGAUGGCUCAAAUCAUAUCAAGUUCAGUAUCGGAACUAGUCUCAGCAUAUCCGACGGCAGGUGGGAUGUAUUUUGUUACGAAAAAUGUUGUCCCGGAGGAACAUUCUGCCAUUUGGAGUUGGGUUAUUGGAUGGUGUAAUUUAUUGGGUCAAACUGCUGGUGUUGCCAGUGUGGGAUAUACUGUCUCUCAACUUAUCCUAGCAGCUGCUAGUAUGAACUCUAAUUUUAAUGAGAUCACAGGAACAUAUUCCUAUUCGCCAACUGCUCUACAAACAGCCCUUCUCUCGUGGUUAAUCCUCAUUAUUUUGGGAGUAAUAUGUUCCCUAACAACAAAACGUCUUCAUCAGAUCGUAACCUGGUUCAUGCCCAUCAAUGUCCUAGCUUCAAUCACAAUUUGCAUCGCACUACUUGUUCUAACUCCGAAUAAACAAUCAGCAACAUGGGUAUUCACUCACUUCACCAAUGGAUCUGGAUGGGGAACACCAUUUUCAUUUUUCCUCUCCUUCUUAUCCGUAGCAUGGACCAUGACCGAUUAUGAUGGCACAACUCACAUGUCAGAAGAAACACAUGAUGCGGCAACUCGUGGACCCAUGGCUAUUCGAUGGGCCGUUACAAUUUCUGGAGUCGUUGGUUGGAUGCUCACAGUUACAUUUUGUUUCUGUACCACCGAUCUCGAUGCUAUUAUUAAUUCACCAACAGGAAUGCCAGCUGCUCAAAUCUUUUUAAAUGCGGGAGGAAAAGGAGGAGGAACCGUGAUGUGGUUUUUUGUCAUUCUAGUUCAAUUCUUCACUGGAUGUUCUGCUAUGCUUGCAGAUACUAGAAUGGCAUAUGCAUUUGCUAGGGAUGGAGCUUUACCAUUUUCAAAAUUUUGGUCCAAAGUAAACCCCUACACACAAACCCCAGUAAAUUCCGUCUGGCUCAUCGUCUUCUUAACCUGCGUUCUCAACACCAUCGCUAUCGGUAGUACCACGACCAUCGUAGCCAUUUUUAACAUCACCGCCCCUGCACUCGACAUGUCUUACGCCGCUGUGAUCGUCGCUCGUAAUAUCUACGCCUCACGUGUAAAAUUCAUCCCUGGUCCUUACACACUUGGAAUUUGGCAAAAACCUCUCAAUGCCAUUGCAUGUACUUGGGUACUUUUUAUUAGUAUAGUACUCAUGUUCCCGACGAUUCGACCGGUUACCAUGGAGAAUAUGAAUUAUGCCGUGGUAGUAGGAGGGGCAAUUGCGGUAUUUAGUUUUGGAUGGUGGUGGGCUGGUGCGAGAAGAACUUAUACAGGACCGAAAACAAAAGAUCUCAUACAAUCUAUCGCUACAGAGGAAGGAAAUUAUGAAUCAGAUCAAAGACCGGAUUAUGGCAGUAUGAAUAGUCGUUGA